UUCCAUUGAUAAUUAUGGGUUUAAAAUUUAUUUUAAUCUUCAUUAAAAUGUUGUCAGAGAUAGUCAUUUGUUUAUUCAACUGUAUCGUGGAAACAACAUAUAGUCAUACUUGUACAUACAGCGUGGGUCACAGAAAAAAACAGUGGAAACCAGGAAGUGGGGAAACCUUGGGGAGUUGUCCACCGAGUCGUGUGACGCGGGGUAUCGCAGAGCCUCGCACGGCGACGACCACUUGUCACCCGGCGAACGCGGACGCCGCGGAAAAAAACCAAACGGCCGGAACACGCGUUUUUUUUUUCGUUCGUUUCGACAAUUAGCCGACCGACGCGCCGUCCAAUGAGAUCGCUCGUCGGUCCGCGGCCGCCUAAUUAUAACAGUGUUCGGGGGGUUGGUACGGUGCACCGCGCGGCCCCGGUGGGGGAAAGGGGGGGCGUACUCCGGCGUCGACCUCACGCAGUCUCCCGUCCGUGCCCGUGUGCCGAGCCCGCCAAACCGUACUCACACACACACACACAUUGUUGCACCGGACACCCGUGCGCUGGAUGCGGCCGCCGAUUCACCUGAGAACGCCGCGCUCCAAAACUGUCCACGGCCGACGACGCGACCGACGCCGCCGACUGUUGCUCUCAGCCGUCGCGAGUGUGCAUUAGUAUGUGGAGCGGCGCUCCGCGAACAUCCGACGACGACCAGCCAGGACUGCCAGGACCCAGCGACCGCCACCUGUAGAACGGACACACCGGCCCGUUUUUGUUCUGUUGUGCAUUUGUGUGUCUGUGCGGCACGCGGCCAUCGUCGUCCACCCCCCCGACUCAGUCUCGACGAUUUUUCGUAUUUGUUUCGCGGGUGCGUCUUUGAUUUUCCGUCGUCAUGGAGGACGGCUGGGACUCGCAUGUGUCGCCCCUGAUAAUGGGCGUGGGGAUGGAUAUGCAGGACAUUCAGGGGGAGCACCACAUGGGCCAGCACCCGCACCAGGACAUGGGACACGGCGAUAUGAACGGUCAGGAUUUGGAGCAGGAGAUCGUGCACGAGAUGCGUGGACACCAGGAUAAUAUGGGUUCGUCGCAGGAUUAUUAUUCACACCAGCUCUUGGUAUCGGGCCAGCCGACCACAAAUUCGGGUUCGUCGCCGGCGUCCGGUGGCGGCUCGCUGAGUCCGGGCGGUUCGGCCGGACUUCCGGGCGCGCUGUCGCCCGGCGGCACCUCCAGCACCGGCCAGACGCAGUGCUGCGAGUCGGGCAGACCCCUGGUCACGGACCCGGUGACCGGACAAAGCGUCUGCUCCUGCCAGUACGACUCGGCCCGGCUGGCGGCCCUCCAGUAUCCCAGGAGCGUCGGCAUGUACGGCACGCCGUACCCAUCCACCGACCAGAACCCCUACCCGAGCAUAGGGGUUGAGAGCUCGGCAUUCUAUUCACCUCUGAGUAACCCAUACGCCUUAAAAGAUGCUGGUGGUCCAACUGAUAUGUCAGCGUGGACCAGUGCCGGAUUACAACCCACAACUGGUUAUUACCCCUACGACCCGGCGUUGGCUGCAUAUGGUUAUGGAGCCGGAUAUGAUCUGGCGGCCAGACGGAAAAACGCCACGAGGGAGUCGACGGCAACGUUGAAAGCGUGGCUCAACGAGCACAAGAAGAACCCUUACCCCACUAAAGGAGAGAAGAUCAUGCUGGCAAUAAUCACCAAAAUGACCCUCACCCAAGUGUCGACGUGGUUCGCCAACGCACGAAGACGAUUGAAGAAGGAGAACAAGAUGACGUGGGAACCGAAAAACAAAACCGACGACGAUGACGACGCUUUAGUAUCCGACGGAGACGAUAAAGACAAGGACGACGACGACAAAAGAGACGACACAGAUAUCCACGGUAGAAUAAAGUCGGAACGCAACGGCAAAGACCUUGACGACGACGACAUGACCGACGAAGACAGAAAAGAUGACCUCUUGGGCGGCAACAUGCACCACAUUCUCGGCAACGGCUUUGGCAUGAAACCCGAACUGAAGAACACCGACUGCGGCGUACCUCUACCACCCUCCAAACCAAAAAUCUGGUCGCUAGCAGACACCGCCGCCUGUAAAACUCCACCACCACCUCCUCCAUCGCAGAACCAACAGUGGUUGGGGAGUAACGGAUUCGCCUUGCCUAGUUCCCGUUACGGGGGCAACGGAGGUGGCGGAUUCCUGCCUAGUCACUGUCAACAGGGUUUUCCCGAUGUGCAGACGGACACACCACCUCAGACACCUCCCAACAUGAAACUACCUAGUGUCGGGCUUCCCGGACAAGGACCAUGCAUAGGAACGGGUUCCGCCAAUGGCGCCUAUGGUCAAGGAGGAUUCUUGGGUGGUUUUGGCAGGCUGCAGAGUCCGCAGCGGCCGCCUCCACCUCAGGGCGGACAGAUGACAGCUCCCACCAGCGACAACGCAGCCUUCAAACCGUUUUACAAAAGUUAAUAUUGGAUGAACGCGUGCGACAACCUGCAAGAGAAAUACAAUCGAUGCAAUGUGGGCAACGUGCAGUAAUUAUAAAUAUAAGUGUGAGUGUGUGUGGACUGAGGAUUAAAAUCAACCGGAUACAAUCUGUUUGUAAAUUUGUGUAAAUGCAUUUAUUUAUAUCUGUGAUAAACGAGACAAAAGAGCAUGUCGUCAAGGCACCUUUUUCGGAAACGGGACUUUUCUCUAAGCUAGAGGUAGUUUCUUUUUCAAAAAAACAAAAAAAAAAUUCUAGAAGAGAUUGCUGGGCACUGUGACCAAUGUUGUUGGAUGUUUUUUUUUUCGUACAAUGUGAUGUGAUGCUAGACGUAGGAUUUCUUGUUUGUACCAGGGGAAGUUUUUUCCACAACACAAAAAUGUUUCGAAGUCAUGGGAUAGCGUUACCUGCUUGCAAAAGCCACAGUUUUAUCGCAUAACUUCUGGAUGGUUAUUCUCAGGUUCUCCGAUAGAAACAAGAAAUUAUGUCUACUGUUACAAAAAUGUUGUUAUUUUGAAAUAGGGCAACAUCGCAAUGUUUGUAAAUUAUUGUGAAAAUCACAAGUCAGACUAGUGUAUUCUCAAAUCACUUUUUAUUGUUAAUUUUUUAUUCAUUAGAAGAAUUGUUGUGUAUAAAGAAUACCAUAUCAAGGAUUAUUAUAAAACUAACAUUAUUUUGUUGGCUUUAGCCUAAAGUUGUACAUUAUUUUGUCUGUUUGUAAAUAGAUUGAAUGUAUUAUAGAUAUAAUUAUUAUUAUUAUUGUCUUAAUUAAAAUAUUAACAGAGAAUUAUAUUAA